AUGAUCACACUGGCAUAUUCACUGUUAGUGUUGGCCGUCGCUUCCUUGAGUGAAGGGAGAACGUUUCAGUUCCAAAACAAAUAUGGAGCAACUAUAUGGGUGGGCAGCCUGGGCAAUCCAGGACAUCAGAGCAUCAACGGUGGCGGAUGGGAGAUGGCUGCUGGUACCACGAUGACUGUCAACGUGGACGACUCCUGGCAAGGCCGCAUCUGGGGCCGCACCGGCUGCAAAUUCGACGCGUCCGGACGAGGCAGCUGCCAGACGGGCGACUGUGGAGGGGUGCUGAAAUGCAACGGCGCCGGGGGCAAGCCCCCGAGCUCCCUGCUGGAAGUCACUCUACGCGGAUCGGGCGGCAACGACUACUACGACGUCAGCCUCGUUGAUGGGUACAACAUUCCCAUCACGAUGACUCCCACCGACGCGUCCGGCGGCGGUGACCACUACCGAUGCAGACCUGCGACUUGCACAGCCAACGUGAACGCCAAGUGCCCCUCAGAGCUGCAGGUCGUGGCCAACGGCGCCGUCGUCGCUUGCAAGAGUGCGUGCCUCGCCUUCAACACCGACCAGUACUGCUGCCGCGGUGCCUACAAUACGCCUCAAACCUGCAAGUCCUCCACGUGGCCAAAGAACUACCCGAGCUUCUUCAAAGGUCUCUGUCCUGAUGCCUACAGCUACGCAUACGACGACAAAUCCAGCACAUUCACGUGCGCCAACACAGGCUACAGGAUCACCUUCGGCUGAAUCACUCACUUGGAUGUCCCGUCUGCUCCAUUUUAAUAAACUGCAUGCUUUUCUUCUUCCGUACUUUAGU